AAAAAAAUCGAGCAAAUACAGGAAACAAACUUAGUUGUUGUUUAUUAACUUAUCUGGCUCUCACAAGAGGACUGAUUACAAAAUGGGAGAUGAGUUUGGUGGAGCCAAACCUAAACUUCCAAGUGGUAGUAAAAAAACAAAGUCAAAGAAAUCACAUGAUGACAAAAUAAAUAUACAGAAUGGACAACCUCAAUCCCUGGAACAAAGCCCACCUUUGAAUGGUUACCAUGGUGUCAGCAGGGUACAAGAUUAUCUUGUUGAUGAUGAUAUGUAUAAUAACAGGAAAGUGGACAAUAAAGAUUCAGUUAAAAAAAAUGACUUUGAAAUGAUGGAUGCUAAAUAUAAAGAUCUAGUUUUAUCUACAGAACAAGAAUAUUUGUCAGCUAAAGAAAGAUGGAAAAAGUCUGGGCAGGCAUUAAGGAAGUAUUUCACAGAGAAACUACGGUUUAAAAAUGAGAGACAAGUAGAAAAGGGAAAACGUUUGGUACACAGUUCCAAACCUUCCAACAAGCAUGUCAGUAAAAAAGUGCAAUUAAAGUCUGCAAGUUCCGAAGGCACUUCUAAAGGAAUUCCACGUUCAAAAUCAUUCCUGGAGAGGAUGGGGUUCAAAAAAGAUACAAGAACUAUUGAAGAGAAACUAGACUCAUUAAGGUUAAAAGUUUCCAAAAGUUUUGAUUCAUCAAGUGCAUAUGAAUCAAACACAUCAUAUACUGACUUUGGUCUUAGACAGGAUUCCGGUUCAAGACUGGAUUCUGGUUCAACAUCAGAGUCACCAACUCCUAGAAGCUUUCCUGGCAAAAGCCCAAUAAAAUCGGUCUUGAGUAGUACUAAUAAUACGCAGUGUAAUAAUUCAACCUCUAAACCUCCUAUAUGCGCCAAAAAGAAAAGUAGAGCUUUUCCGUCAUGUAAUAAAAAAGAAAAAAAGUCGAGCUCAAAGGAGAAAAGUAAGAAGGUAAAAAACAAAGAUAAGACAUCAUCCUGCAGUCCUCUAAGGUUGAGGAAAGAAACCAAAGUUUCGAGUGAUGAAGAUUAUGAGCUGGUUUUUGAUCCGGAGUAUGAUGAAGUUGUUAGGAGACCAAGAAGGACAAGACAAGCCCACGAUUCUCCAGUUCAAGAUAGACAACUCACAAGCACCACUUCAAAUAUUGUAGCCGGUUUACAAUAUGCUCUCCCUUACCUCCCAGAACGAUUCAGACGACAGACACAAACCAGUCAAGAAGAUGAACAUCCUGGAACCAGUCAAACUGUUUCGAAGCAAAAGUCGAAUGGAGCCCCAAGUUCAAAAAGUAAAACAAAGAAAAAAAGUGAAGAAAAGGAUGAAAGUUGGAAAAAAAGGCUGGAUCAUUGGGCAAAUGAGACACAAGAUGAUGAGGAAGAAUGUUACGAUAAUUUAAAUGGAAGGUUGUUUGCAUUAUCGACAAUAAGAAAUAAUGAUAAUAGCCAAACACAUGAGCAACAAGAUGUGUUAGAAAGGCUAAAUUUUGAGACAUCUCUUAACGAUCCAUUCCAUGUGAGGGAAAGCAGGAAUAACUCUCAAAGUGUUGAAAUAUGUUCUGGUUUGUUAGACUUAGUUAAAGACAUUGAUGAACCUUUUACGGAUUCAGGAGAGUUUGGAAAUGAAAGCGAAUCUAAUCAAAGAUACUGUGAUAGAUUGUUAGAUAUUUCUAGUCAUGAAAACUCAAAUAGACCAUCAAGUAGGUCAUUUUGUUUGCGUAGGUCAAGGAGUAGUGAUAUUUGGCUGCCUGAUGCAAGAUUGUCUAGCCUUUCAUCGCCGUCAGACGGAAAUUUUGUUCCGCUUGAGGAAGACAGUCAUGACAGUCGAGAAUCGGACGAAGAUUUGGACCAAAAAUAUGUGGAGCAGAUUCUACAGCGCUGCAGAGCCAGGGGAGACAAUUCAGAAACAAGCACUACAGAAGGGAGACCAUCCUCGAUUCAUUUGACGCUUAGAGGUCGAGCGGGAAGUAGACGAGGGAGCAGAGACAAUGAUAGCGAAAUGGGGAUCAGAUCAGGAAUUGAGGACGACAGUUCUUCCACGCCAACAGAGGGCGCUGAUACAAGGUCUUGGCUGACAAUGCCGUCCUCUGAUUCCAGUUUGGACGCUGAUGAUGAAUUUGAAUGUGAAUGCGAACAUUGUCAGUUACUACGGCAACACGGUCAUAGGUCAAGCCAGAUUGACCUUACUCAGCCCUUGACCCUUGACCUUUUGGAAAGGUCAACCUAUGACCUUUCAGGCGCUAUGGAGAUGGCGCAUGGUGAACUUGAUGUACAGGCACCAACAUCAGCUGAUAGUAGCUUUGAUUCUGACCAGCUUAGGCGGAUGUACAUGGAUGACUAUGAUUACCUGCUAAUGGAGAGGCCAUACAAUGAACUAGAUUGGCUCGAUAUUGAUAACACCCCACUCUCUGUCAUGUUAGAGGAUGUUAUACAACAGAUGUUAUCUGUACAGCCCGAGUUGCUAGCAGACCAGGCCACACCCCCAGCUCCAAGUAUCGUCAUAGAUAUGCUACCUACUGUCACUUUGACACAACAACUUAUUGACCACCACCAAUCUUGCUCCAUCUGUCUGUGCCCGUGUGAACUGGAGGAGAUCAUGACCCAGUUGCCGUGCCAACACAUCUUUCAUCCCAUCUGUAUACAGGCCUGGCUUAGUAAGUCGGGAACAUGUCCAGUUUGCCGAGGAAAGGUCUCGAGACAAGAAAGCUGCUAGGAAUUAUAUUUGGACGUUGUUAUUUAAUUUUGAUACAUUGUGCUACACUUUUGUUAAUAAUUGUUAAACAGUACUCAUUGUGACUAAGCAUCAAAUCAAAGUAUUUGCUACAAAAUGAUGCUUUUAAUAUUGUUGAGAAUUUUAGGCCAAUAUAAAUUCAUUGCUAGAUUUUCAUCCCCGCCCGCCCCCUCAUUUUCCUGCAGCCCCUUAAAUUUUAUUGACUCGAAUAAAAAUGUUGAACCAGGGUCUGUUUUUGCGAAGCUGUGUGAUCCUGUCUGGGAAUGGCAUUUUUUCAUACCAGCUGGUGUCGAUGUAAACAUUCACAUAUAAAAUGGGUGAUUUUAGUAUGAUGGUGUUCUUGGUUUGUCCAGAAACAUGUGUUAACAUGUGUUUAUGGUUAAUUAUGCAAUAAAAAAGAGCAUGAACACAUAUUUGACGGUGAUACAGUCAUCUAAGAAAAAUACAAAAUAAAAUGUUUACCCGCGCUUCAGUUUAAAAAAAAAAUGGAUACAAAUCUAGCAAUUAAUUUUUAUUGGCCUGAUGUUUAAUUUUAAAUCACAUUUUGAAAUCGAAUAUAUAAAAAUCGUGCUUGUUAGGCGAUAGAACUACAAUAUUGAUACUGUAUUUCAUUCCUAAUUCUUUUGAAACCUGUUUUUCAAGCAUUGAUUGCCAAAUUUUGAUAAUAACAUUUUAUCUGCUUAGUUUGGUUGAAUGUAAUUGCAUUGUCAUUAAUUCAAUUUACUGUGAUUUUUAGCCUGUUUGUUAUUCAAAGAAAAAACUCAUUGCACUCUAGUGGCGGCUAAAUCCGCCCAAAAAUAUUAUUUGUAUAUGCGAUAUGGUACAAAGACUGUCCUGCAUAUAUAUCAGGUUUUACAAAGAACAUUAAAUCAUUCACAUGACUAGUAAUAAACAAUAUAACAUGAUUAUUAAUUAAUUAAUCAAUAAUUUCUCACUGGCUCGUUACAUAACAUACUGAUUGGGUCCGUAUCGUACAAAAAGCUAAGUUAUUGUUAUGGCCUCGGUAUCAUUGUCCUCUAUGUUCUUGCGCAAAACUUUAAUUUUGAGCCAUAACUCAAAAAUGAUAGUCAUGAAACUUGGUACACAUGUUGCCUGAGACUACACACACAUGUAAAGCAAGGCCCGUAAUUCUGGCUUCAAUAGUGGUUAAGUGUUUAUGAAACUUUUUUGGGCAUUUCUUCAUGUUUUAUUGAUAGUUAGCGAAUUUAAUGUCCUCUCUUCAAUAAAGGAAGGGACCUGGGGCUAUUUCAUCAAAGAUUUUAGUUGUAAAUGGAAAUUAUGUUAGUGCCACAGGUUCAUUAUUUAACUACAUAUUUGUGUGGAUUCACUUUAAGCCAACAAUUAAAAUGAGGACGAAGUGAAGGAAAUAAGACCAAUCAAUGAAUUGUCAUUUGUGACGUUUAUAUAGAUAUAAGAUAAUUAAAGUUAGGACUAAAAUCCUUUAUUUAUAAACAGUUCCCUGGGUUAGUAAUCACAAAACAUCUUAAAGGGACUUGCUCAUGUUUUGGCCUCUUUUUUUCCCUGAUAAUGCAUCUGAAAACACUCACAGGUAUAUUGGAACUAUUUUACUCUUUGAUACUGAAAUUGCAGUAAAUACACUAAAAGUAUAAAAAAAAUAUUCUGGUUUUAUUGGGGCGCAAACCCCCGCCAGUACAGUAAAGGAAAGUUAGAAAACUGACAAGAAAACCUCACUCCCAUAGCGACUGGUACAAAAACAUAUGGAUAAAUUGACCUUGAAGCCUUCUGUUGAAUCGCGUUACUAAAGCCAUGAAAAUUUGCUGACUUUAUUUAGACAAUAUUUGAGCAUAUAUCAACACUUGUUAAGAAGUUCAUGCUGUCAGUAUCUUAGUUAUAACACUCCUAAUGAUUUGCCACACUUUAUUUUGUCAUACAAAACAUUGCCUUUUACAAAAAUAUCAGCGAGUCCUUUAUAAGUCAUUUGAGACAAGGACUUUAGAUCUUUAAUGAAUACCAGCCCAGUUGGCUUAACCACCAGUAUUUGCAACAUAAUUGAAACAUGCUUUAAACGAAAGUUUCUAAAGUCACAAUUAAAAGAAAGAUGGCAAUUUACAUAUACUUAAGUUAAUUUAAAUAUUUGUAUGAUUGUAUUACAAAGUAUCUGUUUAUCAUUAUUUAAGACUGUUCCCAUUUUUUUUUCAAACUUAUUCCCAAUGAAACAUUGCCAAAACUUUAAUUAUCGCAUGUACUACUAAAAAUUAUUUCAUUUGCAACCAUAUUGAUAUAACUGCCACUACCCAAUACCUAAGGUACAUGAUUUCAAUCUGCAGCAAAUUGUUUUAUAAGUGAUUAAUCUUUUGGUUUAAAUGGUUGUAGUUAGCCAAAAAGUAUACUGAUUGGUCAAUAUUUAUCCAAAAAUGACUAUUAACCAAUCAAAUUAUUGCAAUUCUGCAAUCUUACCUUAUACAAUAUGCUUCAGCUUAUCUUCUUAGUUUUAAAGCUCCACUCUCACAAAUUUGACUGUUUUAACAACUUCAGCUUACCUUCUUAGAUUUAAAGCUCCACUUUCACAGAUUGACCGUUUUAACAACUUCAGCUUACCUUCUUAGAUUUAAAGCUCCACUCUCACAGAUUGACCGUUUUGACAACUUUUGGAAUGAACCAAUUUUUCCAUAAGUAUCUGAGAGAGUGCAGCUUUAAUGGAAUGUGAACUGUGCGUGGCAAUAUAGGUGGACCCAAUCUAUUUCCAUUCUGUGAUGAAGCAAAGUGCACAUUUAAAGGUCAUUUAAAGGUCAGCUUUGUAGCAGGGUUCACACAGGAAGAACUUGAUUUUAAGGAUGCUUAGUGAAAAAUGCUUAAAUUUGUAAUUAACUCAAAAAACAAAUAACUUGAGUUUUUACAUUGCCUUUAAAACUGUUUGAAAAGUGCUUGUAUUUUCGGAAAAAGUCCUUUAAUUUCCUUGU